AUGAGCACCGAAGGACCUUCUUCCCUAGUGGGCCACAAGUACCCGGCCCGUGAGCACAAUGCCCGUGUUUUGGGUCAUUUCAAACAGAAAAAGCAGUUGAAGCUGGCAGACAAGUUGGCGUUUUUCAUGAGCGGAGAGGACCUUGAACUCUGGCAGUACUCUGAUCAGACGAAACCGAUCCGCCAGAACCGUUAUUUCUUCUACUUGCUGGGAGUGGAGAUUCCCGGAAGCCACGUUUUGUACGAUGCCGCCAACGACAAGUUGACGUUGUUCUUGCCCGACAUUGACUACGACGAUGUCAUGUGGUCUGGCUUGCCUUUACUGCCUGAGGAUGCCUUGAAGAAGUUUGAUGUGGACGAGGUCAAGUACGCUUCGGAACUCGAAAAAGUUGUUGGUUCGCUCAAGGGCUACACGAUCUACACCACCGACCGCAACAAGUGGAACGCCAAGGUGCUGCUGUUCUUGACCGAGAAGGACCCUGACUUUUUCCACGCAUUGGACGAGUCCAGACUCAUCAAGGACUGGUACGAGCUCGAGUUGAUGAGACACGCGUCUAAAAUUACCGACAAGUGCCACUUGGCUGUCAUGUCGGCCACCCCAAUUGAGACCAACGAGACCCACAUCCAUGCUGAGUUCAUGUACCAUGCUCUCAGACAAGGCUCCAAGUACCAGCUGUACGACCCCAUCUGCUGCUCUGGACCCAACUGCUCCACGUUGCAUUACGUGAAGAACGAUGACGAAAUCGAAAACAAGAGAUCGGUGCUCAUAGACGCCGGUGCCGAGUGGAGCUGCUACGCUUCUGAUGUCACCAGAUGCUUCCCCAUCAACGGUGACUGGACCGAGGAGCACCUCACCAUCUACAACCUUGUUUUGGACAUGCAGCGCCAGACAAUGGCCAUGAUCAAGCCCGGUGCCCGUUGGGACGAUAUCCAUUUGAAGGCUCACAGAGUCAUGAUCAAGGAGUUCAUCCGUUUGGGUAUCUUCAAGGACUACCCCGAAGAGGAGAUUUUCGACUCGAGCAUCUCGGCCCGUUUCUUCCCCCACGGUCUCGGCCACGUUUUGGGUAUGGACACCCACGAUGUCGGAGGACGUCCUAACUACGACGAUCCAGACCCCAAGUUGAGAUACUUGCGUUUGCGCCGUACGCUUAAGGAAGGUAUGGUGCUCACAGACGAGCCCGGUGUGUACUUCUCGCCAUUCUUGUUGAAGGAUGUGCUUGAGGACCCCGAGAAGGUGAAGUACAUCAACAAGGAUGUGCUCGAUAAGUACUGGUCCAUUGGUGGAGUGCGUAUCGAGGACGAUUUGCUUAUCACCAAAGACGGUUUCGAGAACUUCACCAAGAUCACCUCCGACCCUCACGAGAUUUCCAAGAUCGUCAAGGAGAGCAGUGCUCAAGGCAAGGACAGGUUCCACAAUGUGGUGUAG